GGCAUCUCUCUUAAUGGACCUGCGGAGGAUCCAAAGGUGGCAAAUUGGCUUUUGGAUCCAGGGGCUAAAGAAAGGAACCUUCACCAGCUUGUUGCCCAGCACCUACCUGAGGAGGCCCCCCUUCUGGAAGGUAAGUAUACAUAAUGGACCAUAAUUUGCCUUAUAAUCAUUAGGCAUUUUUUAUUGUCCUUAUUUUAGCAUCCUCGGCAAUUAGCAUUGUAGUAUUGACCUUUAGAAGAAAACGCUGCAAACCAUUGUAAACCACAUGGACGCCCUCUUUUCAUUUCAGGCAGUGGUGGUGGACUGGGUACUGGAGGCCUGGCACUAGCAUAUCAGUGUCAACAGAGUGGUCGAGUGAGGGCCUGUGUCGAGUCUGUCUUGGUUCUGUCGCUGAUGAACAAGUUACGGCCAUUGUUGGAAGCAGAGCACCUUCUGUCGGCAUUUACCAAGGUUUGUGUUCUAUGUUAUACAGUUCAUUUGCUAACAAGUACUGAGCUUUUUUUUUUUUAAAGCAGGAUUAAGAUAGCCCAAGGUAAGCACGAAAUUUGAAUCCAGAUCCGAACGUUUACAAAUUGACUAGCGAAUUCAGGCAGAUUUUUUCUGUCUACAAUUUGAUGUUUGGACGCUCUGCUGUGUCUAGUUAAAAUUGACAGGGAAAAUGCUUUUAAACAAAAGAAACAGGAAAUCGGAUUAAAAAUCGAACAACUGGGCCCUGGACGUUAUGAGCGCUACAGUAUUUUAGGUCUGUUUAAAGCAAGGACCUAGCCUCAAGUGAUCAAAAGGUGGAAAGUGCUACCCACUGGAAAAAUCGCCAUCCAGCUGAUAACGCAAUUGGUUUCCCUAAUAGUUUAACAGUGUAUGGUGAUUUGUCUGGUGGAUAGUUGUAUCCAUUUUUUGAACAAAUGGGUCAGGAUUACAAUGUUAGGUGCGAUUGUCACAACUAGAUCAGCUUUUACAGGGUGUCAAGAACGUACUAGCCUACGACUCAUUUUAACUAGCCCUCUAAAAAUUUUUGGCGAGAAGAAUUGAUAACAGUUCUUCAGUAAUUCGAAUUCCAUAAAAAACUUCACUUGCCCGUCGGGCAAUUUAAGAAUGGAAUUCACUAACCCCGAUAGCAAAAUCCACUAGCCCCUGGCUAUCGGACACGUCAUUAUUUGCACGCUGUUUGUAGUUAUUUUGGGUGUCCCUUAACUGUAUGUAUUUUUAGUUCUAUACCAUGUAUUUUUUCAAGUUGCUCAACUUACAGUUCAAAAUAAACGUUGUUGUUGUUGUUGUUAUUGUGACGAUCGUUUUCAAGCUUCUGACAAAAGACAGCGAUAAAUGGCUACCCGAUUGCGAAUGGCUCGUUUUCGUCGAUGUAAAUGUUGUUUAACCUGUUAUUUUUAAACCAGUAUCGUUGCGUCAAUUAUCACUGUAGGUAGAGAUGCCAUCUGUACUCUGCUUGGCUCGUAUGGAGUUAAACGGUGUCGGUUUUUCAGACGCAGAGAGCGAACGCCUCAAGAACAUCCUGCAAGCUAAACUGCGCACGCUCGAAGAGGAAGCAUACCGACUGGCCAAUCAUAGCUUCUCCUUGACCAGCCGUGAAGACGUAGCACAGGUACGAGGCAGAAGGUGAUAAAAUUACCUCAUUCUCUCUUUUUUCUACCCUUCGAAAUCUCCUGGAAUUUUGUAACUGUGUUGGGUGACUGUGGGUUGAACGGACCCUCAGUCUUUCUUAUUUUUGGCAUGGACUUGUCACUAAAAAUCGAUUGACAUCAUUGGAUAGAGCACUCUCUGCAAUUUCACUUAUUUGUUCAUAGAAGGGUCUAUUUAUACGUCAAUUAAAUGUUGUUGAUGUCUGCGGUUAUGAUUACAUCGACAGGAGUGCCGAAGAAGCUUUUUACAGCAAUCUGCUGCAAAUUCGUANCAUAGAAGGGUCUAUUUAUACGUCAAUUAAAUGUUGUUGAUGUCUGCGGUUAUGAUUACAUCGACAGGAGUGCCGAAGAAGCUUUUUACAGCAAUCUGCUGCAAAUUCGUAAAUGACAUAUUUUUCCAGAACAAACAUUUAAAGGCGUGAGGGUUAAUUCCUUUCCUAUAAAAACAUUUAAGAAGGCUUACACGUCCUGUAAGCUUUCUUUUGAACGUCAUCUGCAACAAUGUAUCUCGUGAAAAAGUUGGUUAUUGUUGAAUGUGUUUCGUUUACAGCUAGAUAUACAGAGGAGCAGUUUUAGAGGAUUUUCAUUUGUUAUUUCUAACACGUCCUUAAAGGGGCGGCUGUGUUAGGCUAUUUGCUUUGUAAAAGGCUAAAACUUUGUUUUCACAUCAGUUGAAUUUCAAAAAUAACGAGCAUAGGCAUUGAAACUGUUUGCUGUCGUCUGUUGCAACGGAUGACCAGGAUGGACAUGGAUUGAAACUUGGAUAAGUUUAGCCAACUUUACAAGUUUUUAUGCUAUUCCCGCAAUGUAACGGAUCAUUUUGUGUAUGAGUAAGAGCACUAAGUAAUGAUUUCAGCGCAGAAUUGACCUAAAACAGCAACAUGCAUGACAAAGCCCGUUUAACGACGGCAUUUACUAGUGAUUUAACCUUCCUUAACACGGCCAACAGGUGCUUUUUAUCGAACUCAAGCUACCACAUGAUGACGAUGUUCAGGCUACCAAGAGGAAGACCCUAGGCGUGACUCGGCGAGGUGCGUCACGCUCUACUAAGCACCUGAGCACUAACAAAGACGUUCUGGAACGAUUGAAGCCACUUCAUCCGCUUCCUGGGUUGAUAAUUGAAUGGCGCCGCGUCAACUCUGCUCUGACUAAGGUCGUGUUUCCGUUGCAGAAGGAGAAGUGCCGGAAUACAAGACUCAAUAUGCCAAGGAUUCAUUCCUUGAGUCAGACGCACACUGCCACGGGGCGAGUCACGUUUGCAGAGCCGAACUUGCAGAACGUCCCGAAAGAUUUUCAAAUCACUUUACCAACAACAAUUGCCGAGAGUCCCCCGCCUGGAGCGUGGGGCGAGAAUGCUUCCUCAAAACGAGGCCGCCGAGGAAAUCGACGGAGCACAAUAAAUGCGAGACCUGGGUCGAGUUCGACAGGGGUGGCAGCAAAUUAUGCAGUGAGCAUGAGAAACGCUUUUGUGUCAUUUAAAAAUGGCGUUCUCUUUGCCGCCGAUUAUUCGCAGCUAGAAUUGAGGUUAAUCGCCCAUCUUGCAAAAGAUGAACGCCUGCAAAGAAUUCUUAACGGGGGAGGCGACGUGUUCAGAAUGAUCGCGGGCGAACUUUAUCGAGUACCUGCGGAGUCAAUUAAGCAAGACCAACGUCAGCACGCCAAACAAGUUUGUUAUGGUAUAAUUUACGGAAUUGGCGCCAAAGCUCUCGGCGAGCAGCUUGGUCUUGCUGAGGAGGAAGCCGCAUUAUUUAUUGCCAAGUUCACUUCCCGUUAUGUAGGGUUGAAGAGGUACCUGAAAGAAACAGUUGAGCAGUGUAAAGUACAAGGUUUUGUCAGGACAGUGACCGGAAGGAAAAGAUUCCUUCCGGCUAUAAAUUCACCAAACCCGCAU